AUGGAUUAUUCUUCUUCACAUCCAUUCACUCACUCAUCUAACUUUGUUGAUCUUCUCAAUAGUCAACAAGAACUUCCUCUUCAUGAUCCAUUUUCUUCUCAAAGCCAAAUCCCUCUGUUCAGCAGCCAAUGCACCGAAGCCUCCACCUACAAUGACGACAGCCCUGCAGAUCGCAAAGAAAGGAAGGCCUGGACUCCAACCGAUGAUGUGAUACUCAUUUCUGGGUGGCUGAACACGUCAAAAGACCCGGUGGUGGGUAAUGAGCAGAAGUCUGGUACCUUUUGGUGGAGGAUAGCAGAAUACAUUGCUUCUAGUCCGAAGGCUGCAGGCAAAGAAAGAAGAGAACCAGUCACAUGUAAGGCAAGAUGGCAAAAAAUAAAUGAUUUGGUGUGCAAGUUCUGCGGUUCUUAUGAGGCUGCAACAAGGGAGAGAGCCUCAGGAAUGAAUGAGAAUGAUGUGCUGAAACUUGCACAUCAAAUUUUCUUUAAUGAUUACAAAAAGAAAUUCACCUUGGAGCAUGCGUGGAAGGAACUACGUAACGACCAAAAGUGGUGUGAAGUUUCUGCGAAUAAAGUUGGAGGAAGUGUUAAAAGGAGGAGACGCGAGGACGGGCUACAAGCACCAGUUCCUGCUGCAGAUGAAAACAACAAUGUGGAAGGCGAUCAAGGAGGCAACUGGCCACCAGGUGUGAAAGCUGCCAAAAAUAAAGGAAAGAAGAAGGUGGAUGAUGGCAAGGCUUUAUCAGAAUUCCAAAGUAUGUGCAAGCUUCAUGAAAAAGACAUGGCACUGAAAGAGAGGAUUCAGAGGAUGCAACUGCUAGACAGCCUCGUCGCAAAGAGUAUGAAAGAGCCCUUGGAAGAUUAUGAAAAAGAGCUUAAGAAAAGACUCUCUUUAGAGAUGCAAGGCCGUCAAAAAAAACGGGCUUAUAUUGAAAGAGAUCGGGAGGCAGGUCAUACACGGUUAUGGAAUGAUUACUUCAGUGAAGCUGCAACAUAUCCAGCUAAUAUAUUCCGACGCCGUUUUCGAAUGAAUAAGCCAUUAUUCAUGAAAAUUGUUGACCGAUUUUCCAACGAAAUUCGAUUCUUCCGACAAAAAAAAGAUGCUAUUGGAAGGCCUGGUCUCUCGGGACUUCAAAAAUGCACCGCAGCAAUUCGUCUUUUGGCUUAUGGAACUGGAGCUGAUGCAGUAGACGAAUACCUUCGGCUUGGUGAAUCUACGGCUCGCUCCUGUUUGGAACAUUUUGUUGAAGGAAUAAUACAUUUGUUUGGUGAUGAAUACCUACGAAGACCCACACCUGAAGAUCUUCAAAGAUUACUUUAUGUUGGAGAGGAUCGCGGUUUUCCCGGAAUGAUAGGAAGCAUCGAUUGUAUGCAUUGGGAGUGGAAGAAUUGUCCCACCGCUUGGAAAGGACAAUUUACACGUGGUGCUGGAAAACCCACAAUCGUUUUGGAAGCGGUAGCUUCAUAUGAUCUUUGGAUAUGGCACGCAUUUUUUGGUUCCCCAGGUACCUUAAAUGAUAUUAAUAUUCUUGAUCGUUCACCCGUGUUUGAUGAUAUCAUAAAAGGUAAAGCUCCGCAAGUGCAUUAUUCUGUCAACGGAAGGGAUUAUCACUUAGCUUACUAUCUCACGGAUGGUAUCUAUCCAAAUUGGGCUACGUUUAUCAAAUCUAUACCACUUCCACAGGGAUCAAAAGCGACUUUAUUUGCUAAACGUCAAGAAGGUACCCGAAAAGAUGUCGAACGUGCUUUCGGAGUCUUGCAAGCUCGGUUUGCAAUUGUAAAAAACCCGGCUCUUUUUUGGGAUAAAGACAAAAUCGGAAAGAUUAUGAGAGCAUGUAUCAUUCUCCACAAUAUGAUAGUAGAAGACGAACGAGAAGGAUUAACUCAAUAUGAUCUUUCAGAUUUUCAACACGGAGAGGGCCACGGUAGUUCACAGGUCGAUCAUGACUAUUCAACAGAUAUGCAUUCAAAUAUUGCUGAUAUGUUGACUGCUCGAAAGAAAGUUCGAGACACACAAGUACAUAAACAAUUACAAGCUGAUUUGGUUGAACACAUUUGGCAGAAAUUUGGAGAUGAGGAAGAUGAUAACUGA